AUAAUAGAUAUUUUCUGCUGAGUUGCUUGGUUAAUUUAGUGAACAUGUAUUUAUGACUCUCUCUCUCUAUCAAAGUGUUCAACAGUUCCGUGUUAUGGUUUCAGUGGGGUGGGGGUUUCCUUUGUGCGCGUGCAGCGGAGGCAGGGUGGAGCUGAGGGCGGGAUGCUCCGACGGGAACAGACGCACCGCCUGUCGAUUGGACCAGAAGCCAAGAGAAGGAAAGCGCCGUUGAGAGUCCGCCGGAGCUUAAAGACUUUGCAUGGGAUUUUUGUUGUGGGUUUUUUUCCCUCCAGGACGGGAGGUUUGGAGGCACCUGUCCGCUUGAGCCGCAUUCCCGGCAAACUCCGAGCGAGGCUGAAGCAUGGACGCGGUUUUACCCUCAUUGUUAAUAUUAAUAUUAUAGGAGGUUUGUGCGACCGCUGCGCGUAAAGUUACCCUUCCUUUCUCUCGUCUCGCUGCUUAGUUUUUGGGUUUUCCACCGAGCUUUAUGAGUUCGCCGCUGUUUCUGGGUCAGCUGCUCGGGGUCCCGCUAGAAAUAAUGCCCCCCACCAUGGAGAAGGACACAACUUACACAAAGAUCUUCGUCGGCGGGCUGCCCUACCACACCAGCGACGCCUCACUUCGGAAAUAUUUCGAGACUUUCGGGGACAUCGACGAGGCGGUGGUGAUCACGGACAAGCAGACGGGGAAAUCCAGAGGAUACGGCUUUGUGACCAUGGUGGACAGGGCAGCAGCAGAGCGGGCGUGCAAAGAUCCGAACCCCAUCAUCGACGGCAGGAAGGCCAACGUGAACCUGGCGUACCUCGGAGCAAAGCCUCGCAGCUCACAAACCGCUUUUUCAGCUGGAGUUCACCAAGUCCUUCCUACGUGGGCUCAGAGGCAAUACGGGUUCGCCCAGCAGUACGUCUACCCCCAGGCGUUCCUGCAGCCCAGCCUGCUUCUGCAGUCCCACCUGAGCCCCACCGCCACCGCCCUCACCUCCCCUUACCUGGAGUACAGCUCCGCCUACAGCUCCGCCUACAGCCCCUACGCCCCGUCGGGACUGGAGCAGUACCCCUUCGUCCCCUCGCCGUCGCCCUCCACAGGCUACCUCAGCUACAGCUUCUCCCCAGGUACGCCGACGCCUGCGCUCACCGCUCCUCCCACCCCUCCAGCGGCCAUCCAUCCUCCCCUGGCCGCGCUCACCGCCGUGUCCGCCACGCCGCCGGCCUUCCUGCAUUACCCCCUCCACCAGCCCGACCGGAUGCAGUGAGCAGACCUGAGCGGCCAAUCAAGACACGAGGACUGGAGACUGGACCGGGUUUAUAAAAAGGGCUUUUUGAGAGAACUGUCUUUCCUCGGUGUAACAGAUAAUGAUCAUCCUGCGUUGUCGUCAGCACACACUGUGAAUGUUUUCCAGAACCGGCAGGACUCUGUUGUGAUCUUUUCGAUGCUCCUUAUGGGCAGGAGGGAACGUAAAGUAAAGACACAGAGAAAUCCGUCUUUCUGCCAUGUUGCUGCAGCUGCAUUUUCUCCAGAGGUACUGCACUGAUUUCUGGGCUUCAGCCAAUCUGAGAGCCAGGUUCUCUCUGAAACACGGGGUCUGUUCCCUCUGCUUCAAGGUUACCUUUCUAUCUGAGAGAACAAUUUCUCUCUGCACCCAACUUAUCAUUUUUAUUACUCUCUCCUUUCAGCGACGAACAAAAAAAAGUUUAUUGUAAUCCCUCUUUGUUCCUGUUAUCUACUGCUAUGAGGUUAUAACAUGAGCAUCUUCACAGAAUAUGCAAUAAGGAUUACUAAGGAUGAGUAAGAAUAAGGUAGGCAACACUGGCAUUUCGUUUUUGUUGUUUUUCUAUUCCUAGAGCAUUACUCAGAGCACAACUCUGUCAGGAUUUAAACACAACAUUCAUAAGAUAAAUUUUUUUAUUUGACUUCUUUUGUCUUCUGGACACAUUUUUAUGUUUCUUUCAUUUUAGUGCCCUCCACAGCUAUUAGCAGCUCUAGUAAACAAAAAAAAAA